GUAUGGUUGCACCUGCUCCACGUGGGCGUGCUGGGAGACGUGUACCUGCACAACCCCCGUGGCUCCAACAACAAGUUGAGUGAGCAGCAGAACAACGCGCAGAACCAGAACAGACUCUUUGACUCGCAGAACAACGCGCAAGGUGGAUACCAGAUUGGCGAUGACUGUAAUCCCGUCUGUCAGGAUGAGAAUCGGAAUUAUGAUCAAACCAAAGAGGGCGCCAUGAAGGGUGCUAUGACCUUCUACCAGGGAUCUGAGCUCUACAUCGAGUGGGCCGCCCAGCAUGGCUGCGGUGUGAACCAGCCCAACGUCAUGUGCCAGAUGGUGUUGCAGUACAUGUGCGAGAAGGACAACCCGGGGCUGCGGGACGGCACCAAGCGGGGCAAUGACAACACGGCCGGCGGGGAACAGGAGCCGCCGACAGCAGUGGAAGCGGCUGAAACUGCGCUGGGCCAGCACGAGCCUUUGGACUUCUACUUGGAUUGCAAGCAGCGGGAGCGCCAGAAAGGUCUCUACACCGCCGACCAAAAUGUCCGCGACGACCGUGGCGCCACGGCCACCAGGCAGAACCCGCAGGGCAACGCGGCCAACAACAGGCACGGACUGGAGUGCCCCGAGGAAAGAGACUACUACCCUUACUGGCACCCAACCCCGUGGCAUGAUAUCGCCGUGAUUACCGAUGAGUCGCCCAGAAGAUGUGAGUACUACCAAAGCGAGUCACAGAAUGUCCGUGCCAAAGGCUUUUGCUCCGAGCCGGAGCACAACAAUCCAGAGGCAUGUCAAGAUGCUGGCGCAGAAUGGAAGGAGAGAGAGGCACAUGGAGAAGAUCCUCCUGACUGUGUGGCCGGAGUCUCCUCACGGGACAACCACAAUGGUAACGCGCGAGGGGGCAGGCCCAACUACUACAUGUGGAGGAUCCCUGAGUACAUCGAGGGGCGGUGCGUGUUGCGGCUGCGGUACAACAUCACCACGGGUGACUUCCGCAGCAGCGCGUUGGCGACCCUGGACGGGCCGGCCACCGACAGGCUCGAUGUGGGGGAUGACUACUUCAACCUGGACAAGGCCAUGAAUGAUCCCAACCCGGGCGCUCGUCGUCGAGCCGUCUUCAAGGGCGGGCCCCCGGUGCUGGCCCAAGACCCUGUGGGUGACUGGCUGGACCUGGGCGAGGACUUCCGGCUGCAGCUCCAGGUGAACACCAACCAGUACGGCAGAACCUUCCAAGAUAGGACACACAGCUUCUACAUCAGGACACGCCCAGCUUCAGCCUCCAACGCCCGCAUUGUGAACUAUAACGUGCGUGGCCGCCGUGGCAACAUCGUGCAGGUCUACCCGUCCGUGGAGUACGACUUUGUCCCGCAGGACCUCAAAGUUGAGGCCGGCGACUACCUGCACUUCCAAUGGACAGGAUCUGAUGCAAAUGCAAAGGGCAACGACGGAAACGGGCGACAGAGCACUGACCGCUCCAAUCUGGUCCAGUUGUCCGACCGUGAGGAAAACGUGCCGCUGGCUUGGCAGUCUCACACGCUGCUCUACAAUGCUGUGGCCAGCCCGGAUGAAGAUGGAAAAUCACUGGUGCGAAGGUUUGCUUAUUUGGGGCAGCAAUCGCAGCUUUGUGAUCCGGACGACAACGACCAAAACUCCAUACAGAACUGCAAGCAACUGAAUGGUGCGUCUGCUUACUUUGAUGGAGGACUCGUUCAGAUGAAAACAGUUGGCACUCACAAGAUUGGAAGUACUCGGAACAACGACUUCUCCAACCGCUCGCAGAAGGCGACCAUCAAUGUCGUUCCACGUGCUUGGCGGACGGAGGAGGUGAUCGCACUGCUGCUGGGCCUUGCUGCUGCUGCAGCUUUGCUCGGAUAUCUCGGCAUGGCGGUGUACGCUUACAGACAUCCGUCGUCUUGGCUCUUCUCCAAGAGGCACCGACCUCGUGUUCUGCGCUACUUGGUGGGCCAGCAGCGGCUGGAUGCUGCAAUCCAGCGGCGCAAGGACUGGAAGCGCCAGGAGCGCGAAAGGUGGAAGGACCUGUCAGGGAAAGCAGAGGAGAGAACUCCUGAUGAGAAGGACAUGGCGGAUCCAGCAAGGACUUCCAAGAGAACGAUGUGCUACGCGUGCUUGGUGAGUUUGGGGCUGGGAGAAGGGCAGCGAGUGUUCAUGCUGAUCCUCACUCUGUUGAACGUAAUCUGCUUCGCCGCGGGCUUUUCGUUGCACACAGGACUUGGGUUCCAGGAGAGCGUGGCCUACCCACUGGCCAAAGGCGCCGGCUUCGCGCUUGACAUGGACCUGGCCAUCCUGCUGCUGCCCACGCUGAAGAGCUUGCAAACGGCCCUCCGGGGCAAAGGAGGCCGCGCCAGAGAGUGGAUGCCGCUGGAUGAUCCAAUUUCCUUUCACAUUGCGGUUGCCGUGCUGAUUGCCAUCAACAGCGUCAUUCACGUUGGUGCUCACUUUGUCCACAUGAACCUCAUUGCGGGUUCACCGACCUUUCAGAGCGACCCCUUAGAAGCCUGGCAUCUUACGAGCCAGGAACAGAUCUCGGGGACCUCCGUUGACUCUUUGCUGCUGACACGAUCCAAUUUCACAGGCCUUCUGAUUACUGCCUUGAUGCUUGUCAUUUAUGUGAUGGCGCUUCCAUCGGUGCGACGAGCUACGUGCUGCUUGGCGCGCCGCUGCGGCGGCUUUCGGCUUUUCCAGCGGGCGCAUUCGGUCUGGCCAGCGGUGUACCUUCUGCUGCUGGCGCACAGCACCCCGCGGUUCUGGAUUUGGAUGUUCUUCCCGGCCCUCUUCGUUGCAGUAGACAGGAUGCUUUUGACUCAGCGUCAGCGAUAUCCUGCAGUAUUGGUCAGUGCACGUUUGCUGCUCUUCGAUGUGAUCCAUCUAACUUUUGAGAUCCCCGAGAACUUUAAUUACCAGGCUGGGCAGUAUAUUAUGCUUCACUGGAAGGGUGAAUGGCAUCCAUUCACCUUGACUUCUGCUCCAGAGGAGAAGCACCUGACGGUGCACAUCCGUGCCAGCUCGACGCUUGACUGGUGCUCGGCACUUCGGCGCCACCUGAUGCUGGAGGCUCCACAGGCCGCGGAAAGCUCAGAGGGCUCAAGAGCUGAGCCCAACCCGGGCACGACCGUUGAUUACGAGAAGAUUGUUCUGCCCAGCGGCAAGGUGUGUUGCAAGGCGCUGCCUGUGAGCGACGGGUCGUUCAAGGGCACGGGGUCCUCUUCCAAAGUGGCCUUGGACGUGUCGGUGCGUCAGGUGACACGGGAGCGGACGAAGAGCGUGAAUACCGUGAAGACGGAGGACUCCGUCGCUCUCAUGGAGGGCGCAAACUUGCCCCCCGGCACGGUGGAGCUGCAGCUUCAAGGGCCCUUCGGGGCCCCAGCGCAGCGGGUCUGGGAGUUUAAGACGGUCAUGGUCGUGGGCGCUGGCAUCGGCGUCACUCCCUUCGUGUCGAUCCUCCGGUCAGUGCAGAUGCGCAAGCAGCAACAGCUGCUUCUCAAGGCGUCACGAGAUACUGAAGCUCCACUUCUUGACCGGCACGCCAGGCAUGAUGCUGCCCAUGCCAUGGUCCCGCCGGAGGAGCCUGCCAAGAAGAAGAAGGCUAGCGCAAGCGCCAAAAAGCCAAGCGCACCAGGCGUGGACCUGUCUCCCAGCGUGCUGGGCAGGGCAGCCGAGCCGAGUGAGCGCCCCAAACGGGCAGCUCCCUCGAAGGCCGCUCCCGCAGAGGAUCAAGCUAUGGUGGAGCGCCUAGUCAAGGAGGUCAUUCCAGUUCCAAGCCGGAUCCAUUUCUACUGGAUCGUGCGCAAUCAGCAGGAGUUGGACUGGUUUUACGACUUGCUGGCCACGGCAGUGGAGGGUCCAGCAAAGGAGCUGGUGGAGGUGAACCUCUUCACCACCGGCGAGGUGGAGCUUGCCGCGGUGAAGGAGCUGAAGUGCGUGCACCACCAGUACUUCGGGCGCCCCAACUGGGGCCGCAUCUUCAAGGGCUGCAAGGCCCAGCAUGUGGGGGACCACAUCGGCGUGUUCCUUUGUGGCUCUCCCGUCAUUGGCGAGGAGUUGGCGCGGCAAAGUACGAAGCACAGUGACCCCGAGCAGCCCAGCCAGACCCGUUUCUCCUUCUUCAAGGAGCAUUUCUGAAUCUCUGAGCAGCCGGCAGCUUUCGUUGAACGCCCUCGUGCUAAGCACCGGGCAUAGAUUUCAGUGGGAUUGGCAUGGGCGUCC